GUGUCGCUUGUGGGCUUAGAACGGGCAGAACUGUUUUGUAAACUACAGUAAAUAGCCAUCGAGCUGCUUACUUCGACAAUGAAUGCCUCGGGAGGGUGGGGUUUGAUACCUUAAGCUGCUUCAAACAUAUUUUUACCUUACAUUGAUCGGCCUUUUAAUUGAUACUAGAUGAAAUAACUUUUCGCUUUUGAUGCGAGAAUUAUGUUUUCACAACAAACAAAUAUCGACUGUAAUUUUUCUACUGAAUUAUUAUUGCUUGCCUUUGUACAGUCUGCUGGCAACACGGCCAGUCGUUGUGUGCAACUGUCAACUGGCAAAACGUCAAAAACCUGCAUUUGCCCGGACCUGGAUCAUUGCAGGGGAGGAGGAGAUGUGGCGGAUUGUCAAAACAAUUGAAGAAAAACGAAACCAACUUCCCAAAAGAGCUGCACUGUGCGCAGUUUUUAGUCAAUAAUAAUUAAGUAAAGCUAUCCUACGGUCAAUAAACUCUACUACUACAAUGCCGGCCUACCAUUCACAGAUAAAGGAUUACUCGCAGUCCGUGGGCAAUAUGGCCAUUCUGCCGAUCCGGACGCAGGCCCGCGGGCCCGCUCCGGUAAAUGCCAGCCUCGAGCAGGACAUCAUCGACGAAACGCUGUACUACUUCAAGGCGAACGUGUUCUUCCGCACGUACGAGAUCAAGUCGGAGGUGGACCGGGUGCUGAUCUACAUCACGCUUUACGUGACAGAGUGUCUGAAGAAGCUGCAGCGCUGCGCGAACAAAAACCAGGGCCUGCAGGAAAUGUACACGCUGGCCAUUUCGCGCUUCGACAUUCCGGGCGAGGCGGGCUUUCCGCUGAACGCCGUGUACGCCCGGCCAAACUCACCGGCCGAGGCGGAACUGAUGCGACAGUAUUUGCAGCAGCUGCGCCAAGAGGUUGGCAUUCGCGUGUGCGAGCGCGUCUUUUCCGGCGAGGACGGAAAGCCGAACAAAUGGUGGCUCUGCUUCGCCAAGAAGAAGUUCAUGGACAAGUCGCUCUCGGGACCGGGCCAGUGAGCCCGGGGAGAGGUCCCUUUUAAUUAUGUUUAUGCAUUCGUGUCCCAACUGCUUUUCCGUUUUUACAUAGAAUAAAUUUCGCGUAAGUUCUCUACACGCACGCGUCUUCCGAA